GUUGUUGACGAAAGGUUGACAUUCAUUUUCGAGCACCCAUUUAGGCCAUUUUUUCUCGAUUCGUUGUUAUUUAUACAACACAAAUACACAAUAAACGAUGGAGUACGAGGCUGCUGUGAAAGGCCGUUUAAAAUUGAAAGGAACUGCUAAUAAAGAUAUUCAAAAGAAACUUAAGAAGAAGAACAAGGAAAAGGCUAAGAAUGAUGGAGAGUCUUCUAAAACUAAAGAGCAAAAUGAAACCCCACAAUCAUACAAGCAGCCUGUGGUUAAAACAAAGGCUCAAUUGAAGUUUGAACAGAUGAAGGAGGAACAACAGAAAAAGCGAAUUCUAGAAAAGGCCUCUAAGACUCACAAGCAACGUGUUGAGGAAUUUAACAGACAUCUUGACAGUCUAACAGAGCAUUUUGAUAUUCCUAAAGUUUCUCCUGGAAAUUUGAACGCAACAGCUUUGAAAGUUAAUCAACCAACUGAGCUUAAAGAGAGGGAAUUGAAGGAAAUCACAAAUCCUCUCCGAUUUCCUGAUUAUUUUGGUGUAAGGAAUCUGUUCAGACUGAAGGAUUUGUUUGAUGCAAAAGUGCACUAUGGACACAAGGAUGGAACACUGCAUCCCAAUAUGAAACCCUACAUUUUUGGAUCUCGACUAGGUCACAUCAUCUUUGAUUUGGAUAAAACAACUGAACUGUUACAAGAUGCACUCAACUUCACAGCCCAUAUAGCCUAUAAAGGAGGAAUAAUUUUAUUUGUAUCUCACUAUCCACAACACACUUUAACAGUAGAAAAUGCAGCAAAAGAAGCAGGGGAAUAUGCUCAUGCAAGAGAAUGGGAUUUCCAUCUCUUGACAAAUUCUGAAAAGAUUUAUAAAGGUGUAACCCGAUUACCUGAUCUUAUCAUUAUGGUUUCCACAUUGAACCCCCAGAUGCAGGAACACACUGCUGUCAGGGAUGCAGCCAAAAUGUGUAUUCCAACUAUAGGAAUUGUGGACUCAAACAGCAAUCCAAAUUUGAUAACUUAUCCAGUACCGGGUAAUGACGAUUCCCCAACAGCAGUUCGGUUAUAUUGUAAUUUGUUUCGCGAUGCCAUCUUGUUGGGCAAAUCUAAAAAAUCAGAAGUACCAUCAUCUUAGAUCCUAGAGUAUUUUUUGUGAAGUAUAAUAAAAUGGAUUUCACGACA